UCAUGGAGUCUGACGGGUCCGCUGGCUUGACUAAAUCGGCUGCAUUUAAAUUGUCUGAAAUGGGCGAAAAAAGUAAACAGCUUGGCAGUGCAAUGCGCGAGCCUGAGCGACAGAGACGCGUUAUUCUAGUGAUCGUGUGCAUCGCACUUUUGCUGGAUAACAUGCUUUACAUGGUGAUCGUUCCCAUCAUUCCUGAUUAUCUCACAGAUUUAGAAGACGCGCGUGCGGCGCACUUCCAUGCCAACUCUACAUCGGACAGGGCAAACCACGGGACAAGCAACAGGGGAGAUCUAGAUGUGCAGAUAGGAGUUUUAUUCGCAUCCAAAGCCAUCUUGCAACUCAUGGUGAACCCCAUAUCUGGAACUUUCAUUGACCGAGUUGGAUACGAUAUUCCUUUGCUGAUCGGCCUUUUGGUGAUGUUCGUGUCUACGUGUAUAUUUGCGUUUGCCGAGAACUACGGGACUCUCUUUGUGGCUCGCAGCCUGCAGGGUCUCGGCUCGGCGUUUGCCGACACGUCGGGAAUCGCGAUGAUAGCGGACAAAUACACGGAGGAAGCGGAGAGGAGUCGCGCGCUCGGCAUCGCCCUCGCCUUCAUCUCCUUUGGCAGUCUCGUGGCACCUCCGUUCGGCGCCAUCCUGUACGAAUUCGCGGGUAAACGGGUCCCGUUCAUAGUUCUUGCUUCUGUUUGCUUGGCAGACGGAAUUUUGCUUUUGACUGUGAUCAAACCUUUUUCGAACAGGACGCGAGAAAAUAUGCCUGUCGGGACCCCAAUAUGCCGGCUCAUGAUUGACCCGUAUAUCGCUGUGGUCGCGGGUGCCCUGACCGUCUGUAACAUCCCUCUAGCUUUCCUCGAGCCCACCAUAGCUAACUGGAUGGAGAGGACCAUGAACGCCAGUAAGUGGGAGAUGGGGCUUAUCUGGUUGCCCGCUUUUCUCCCCCAUGUGUUGGGGGUUUACAUCACCGUCCGAUUGGCGGCAAAGUAUCCGAAUUUGCAGUGGUUCUAUGGCGCUCUCGGUAUGCUCAUCAUAGGAGCGAGUUCAUGCACAGUGCCAGCCUGCAGGAACUUCUCCCAGUUAAUCUUCCCCCUGUGCGGAAUUUGCUUCGGCAUCGCUCUCGUUGACACGGCGCUUUUGCCGACUCUGGCCUUCUUGGUGGAUGUGCGUCAUGUGUCAGUGUAUGGAAGCGUUUAUGCAAUCGCAGACAUCUCAUACUCUGUCGCUUACGCUAUGGGGCCGGUCGUUGCAGGUCAGAUUGUUCACAACCUGGGCUUUGUUCAGUUAAACCUUGGUAUGGGCUUAGUUAACCUGCUUUACGCGCCGGCCUUGCUUUUGCUUCGGCACGUGUGCCAGAUAAAGCCGUCUCACUCGGAGAGAAAUGUGCUGCUGGAGGAAGGACCCAUCGGACUUUAUGACACUAUUCAAAUGGAAGAGCGCAAACUCAAGCGGAAAGGUUUGUGCACCACGAGUAACGCGCGUCCCGUGGACAAGAACGGAAUCUCUGAGCGCUCCAAGUCAGAGGAAGACUCGUCCGGACCCGAGUACAUUUAACUAACGAGAUACAGAGAAUCAUCUGAAAGUACACACAUUUUUUUUUUCAUUUAGUGACUCGUUGGACAUUCACAGACUACAUAUGGCAAACAUUCAGCUUCUGUUGUGAAAUAUUAACCCCCCCCCCCAUAACUUCAUGAAAUGUAACUGCUAAACAUUAUAUUCUGUGAUUGACAUAUAAAAUAUCUCGUUUGGAUGUGAGCGACACUUUCGUAUAUAGU